GGGCCAUUCAAUAAUAAUGAACCGCAUAUAAAGGACCUCGGCCACUGCAGCUCAUCAGUUGGUAACGAGACUUGUCCCCAAAAUGAAAAACAUCAUCAUCCUCUCUGCUGUGUUGGCGGUGACUGUUGCUGCACCGACCAACGAUUACAACUCCUAUGUACCAUUAUCAAAAUCUACAUUUACAUCGAGCAGUCAGGCUGUGGACCAUGGUAGCACCCAUGUGCUGCACCCGGUGCUCCCCCUGGCUAAAUCGACCCUCACCCACAGCACCCACUCGGUCGAUCAUGGCAGUACUCACAUACUUCACGCCCCACUUAUCAUGCAUGACGUCGAAUACCAUGUCCCACUAGCGAAAACCACAGUCACGAAGAGCAACCAAGUCGUGGACCAUGGCAGUUCCGCACUCAUCCACGCUCCCAUACUUCAUACUCAUGUAGCGCACGCACCAGUCUACCUACAUUCUGAACCCAUCGUCUCCUACAGGACUCCGGAUUCAGCCAUCUCCCACCACAGCUCAACCGUCCACGAAACAGUUCCACUGGUCAACUCCUACUAUGCCUUCCACCACUAAUGUUAUCUAAGUUUAAUUUUAUUUAUUAUGAUUUAAUAUUUUUCAAUAUAUUUUUUAAAUAAUUAA